GACUUCGGCCUCCAUCCGAGUCUGACAACUAACACCAAACCAACGCUAUCUCCUGGCAACAUCAUGCGGGAGAUUCUGUACAUCCAAGCCGGUUCACUGUCGAAUUAUACGGGAACACAUUUUUGGAACACACAGGAAAGCUACUUCGCCUACGACGAGGACGACGUUUCUCUCGCAGAUCAUAGCAUCUCGUUCAGAGAGGGCCGGGACCCACACAAUUAUCCCACCUUGUGUCCGAGACUCCUGGUCUUCGAUCAAAAAUCAAAUUUUGGAUCACUCGCGAAGAACCGAAGCACGGAAGAAGACGUCUCUUCCGUAUCAACUUGGCAAGGAAAGGUUCUUCGCCACGAAAAAGAGCGCGUCCCGCAGAGCGAAUACCAAGCUUUCCUUGAAGCAGAAAAUGAACCGAAUGCCUUGGAACUCGAUAAUAACCCUCCGGAGACCAAAGUCAGAUUUUGGUCUGACUACAGUCGCGUCUUCUUCGAUCCCAAGUCAAUCCAACCUGUUCCUGACACACAGGAGAACGCCGAGGGCGACUGGACUGCGAGCCAAGAAAUAUUUCGGCAAUACGACAAGGAUGUCGAAUUGAUGGAAGGUCCGGUGCGUCUCGCGAUUGAGGAAUGCGACAACUUUCAGGGCGUACAAAUGAUGCACGACACUGCUACGUUUGGUGGUUUCUCGCAUGCAAUGUUGAGAUCUUUCCGCGAGGAACACCGAAAGACCUCAAUCAUGACUUUUGCUUUACUCUCAGAUGUCAUGCCGAACAUGGCUGAAACCGGCUACGUUCCCUAUACGAGAGGAAUUAUAAACGAUAGUUUAUGUCUUCAAAGCCUUCACGAACUUUGUGACCUCACAGUACCUGUCUUGGCUCCACGGUAUUGGAGACGUCCUACUAGGACACCUGCAUUCUAUACCGAAGCAAAAAAUAUUCACCAAUUGUCUGCCGUCUUGUCCGCUAUCGCGGAAUCUGCUACACUUCCGCUCAGAUUGCGAGGUGGUCUGGACGACCUUGAUAGCUACAUCGGUCAUCUUAAAUGGAGAAGAUCGCUGCCUUUUGCACAUCUCAGCGGGAACCUAUUACCAGGAGGCCGCGUUUCGAGGGCCAAUGUAGACGAUGUCAUUCAACUGUCACCACAUUCUGAGGAGCGAUGCACACCAUAUGCUCGCAGGGAGGUUUCUCGGGGAUUUGCAGGGGAGGAUAUAAAUGUAUACAAAUCGUGGACUGAGAUGUCCGAACUCAGGCAUCCGCUCUUGCUAAGUCACCACGCCCCCUCGUAUCCAAUCCAAACGUCCUUCCCUGACAUCUUCCCUGGCUCACGACCGAAAUCAAUCAAGCUGUUUUCCUCGAUGACCACAUCUCCAUCGACAGCGGCGUGUUUGCCACAGUACGCCACAUUUGUCCAAGAUGCCGUCAGUCGCAGGGAUGUGACGUUAACAGCCAUGGACCUGGAGGACGAUGAUGUAAAGGAAUUGGCAAAUGUAUUGUGGCAAAUCGUGGACAGCUACGAUGACAGUUCAAAAGAGGAAGACAACGGGAUGGAGCUUGGCGAGGAUGAGGAAUGAUGCCGAGUAAAAGACACCCAAGGUGCCCAGUUUGAAGUAUCCUGGCGAACCAACGUCCUCGAUGGUGUGAAUUAAGGUAUAUUCGAGGGGCUUCAAGGAAAGUUCUACGGGAAGGGUUAUACUAUGCCCAAUUUUGUGCCCAAUCAUGAUAAAC